AUGGAGGAGGAAUCAGGACAGCAAUGGUUCUGGUCUGGCAGCUGGGAGCACAAGAGCAGCCUUGAGAAGGCGAGGAUGACAAUAUUGGAGAAGACUAGGAAGGUGUUCAGGAUUCGUAACAGUACCAUAAGAGAGAUGCUGGCAGAAGCACUGGGAACAUUCAUCCUCAUGGUUUUUGGCUUAUCUUCUGUGGCACAAGUGGUAUUGGGAAGAGGAAACAAUGGUCAGUAUCUGAGCAUCAAUAUGGCAUUUGGGAUUGGUGCUACCUUGGGCGUCUAUGCGGCUGGAGGAAUAUCUGGAGCUCAUCUGAAUGCCGCCAUCACCAUUACACAAUGCGUUUUAGGGAAUAUCUCCUGGACAACACUUACAGCUUAUAUAAUCGGCCAGUUCCUGGGUUCCUUUAUGGCAGCAGCCACCGUCUUUGCUGUCUACUAUGAUGCUAUUUAUGACUACACCCAAGGAAACCUUACAGUGUCAGGACCAACUGCCACAGCGAUGAUCUUCUCUACUUACCCUGCUCCCAAUGUAUCCUUGCAGGGAGCCUUCUUCACAGAGUUUACAGCGACAGUUAUGCUGAUCCUGGGUGUUCUAGUCAUCCAUGAUGAGAAAAACAACGCGGCCAUCAAAGGCGCUCAGCCCAUGCUCACGGGUAUGCUGGUCCUGGGCAUUGGUCUGGGAAUGGGGCUGAACACAGGCUAUGCCAUAAACCCCUCCAGGGACCUGCCCCCCCGGAUCUUCACGGCAAUUGCUGGCUGGGGAACGGCCGUCUUCACGGCUGACCAUUCCUGGUGGUGGGUCCCAGUCACAGCUCCAAUUCUGGGAUGUCUUUUUGGUGUUUUCAUCUACAAACUCUGCAUUGACUUUCACAACCACCCUGGCCAUGAAACUGAACAUGAGAAAGAACAGGCAGACAUGGAGACUUCAAGACUGUGA